AUGACUCUCCCUCCACGACCCGUCACGAGUUCGCAAAUCGACUUCAAGUUGCCCAGCGAUAGAUUCUGGGGCACUACUGCGCUUCUCCCACCUACCUCACAUGGCCUUCCAUAUAUCGCUUGCAUAGCGCACGCAAUCACAUGCUUUGCACUGCAGCCACAGACGUCCAUGACGAUUGAAGACGCAUCGAAUGAGCUUCUCAAGAUGAUGGGCAAUCCCUCGGAAGAUGGCGAGGAAUGUGGAAACCACAUGGAGUUUGGCCGAUUCAUCCUCAUGAUAGCAGAGCAAAUUCCUUACGACCACCCGGCACAUCGAAAGCUUGUAACUUUGAUCAACUAUCUGCAGAAAGGAAACUGGUACAGCGAUGUGUUCAUGAUGGAGAUUAACCAGAAUAUGGAAAUUGUUUUCGAAACUUCUAUGGACAAUUCUCAGCUCGCGGCCGAAAUGAACAGAUUCGUCAACUACAACGCCUUCUUGUCCCAAAUCGACGCGCAUCUCCCGGCAUCCCUCCUGUCGACCGCCGUACUACAUUUCUUGAAUGCAUUCGAGAUGGACUAUGAGCACCCGGAGAGCGUUCCGAACUCACCCGGCAUUCACAAUGCGCUGCAAGCCUUUCAACGUGGACCUCAAGAGAUCAAUGCCAAAGGCAAAGGCCUCCUUCGAACCGCCACAGUCCGAGUCGCAAGUCUGUGGAUGAUUCAAAAUGCGACACAUUUUUUCGCCCUCCUUGUCAGUGAGCCAGAUCGCAUCACUGAUUGGGAUCACACCACGGUCUGGACGCGAACUGGCCAGCGAUUCCGGGGUGAUAGAUUCAGUCGUGAGCGUUGGAAAUUCUGGAAAGAUGGCUUUAGACAGGUUGUGGAUGAAGCUGCUGCCGACUCAUAUCUGGGCAAAGAGGCUGGUGAUGCACUUCGGGCGAUGAACGUGGUAGACGGUACUGAUGCGAGUGGUUCAUGGUAG